AUGAUUGCCUCGAGAACGAAGGGUUUGGGUUGUGUUGGCGGCGGAGGUAAGCAGGGGCAAAUUGUGAAAGGUAAUCUUCACGUGUCAGCUGGAAUAGUUACUAUGCCGGCGACAUGCAAUCACCGACGCUAUCGUGAGAUGAAUUCAGCUUUGCGGAGAACUCAGAGCUUUCCUUCAUCAAGCAGGCCAUUUCGCCUGUAUCCACUCCCGAAAUACAAUUCUGCGAAUGCAGUCUGUGCGAGAUGUCUAACAAUGAGGGGCAAAUCAAAGGUGCUGGACUCAAACUGGAACUUAAAUCGCUUGAAAAGUACUACUGGCGAAGGCAGUACUUUUGGGACCGAUCAGGGGCACAAUAAUGGUACCACUAUGAAGGAUCGGUUAAACAGCCUAUUCUUAUUUGAUCAGCCAUUAGACUGUCAUCAAGCAAUUCUGAACUCAAAAACAGCAGACAGGCCAGCAUAUCCAGCUCUGAACGGACGGCCGCCUAAUCUCACCAGAGCAGCAGAUCAAAAUGAAGCCCAAAAGAAUGGAUCUCGAGAGGCCAGGAAACGCUCUAAACAAGCAGCAGAGUCAGGAGAGGAGUUUGAGGAAAAAAAGACAGUAGGAAGUCCUGGGCGAAUAGGCUCUCCAGUUGUUGGCAAAUCUUGGAGCAGGGUUCGCAUUAAACAUAGUGGGAGCAGGCCCAGUUCUCCAAAUGUAGAUAUAACCCUGGGUGCGGAUAACUGGUAUCCUGACUCAGAUUUACUCGAAACAGAGGUUGAGGUCAAAGUAAGUUCCAGUUUUUUAUCCCAGGGGUUGUGA